AUUAGUUAUACAGGUCUUGGUCUGAGUUAUUGAGAUUUUUUACUUGUUUGCUGACAUUGUUGUAAUUGUCAACGUGAAGCCUAUAUCUGAAAUCAUUAGUUUGAUUCUUAUACCAAACUCGAUAUCCAGUUAAAACAAAUAUAGGCUAACAAACCAAACUCGAUAUCCAGUUUGUGGAAUAUAUCUGUAUCUUUGUAAUCUACUUAAAAGUUGUUUUGGGUACUUUGUUGAAGUUGACUCUUUGGGUGGAGAAAUUUGAAAUCCGAAUUCAACCUUUUGGUCUCCGUAUCGAGAAAAAAAUUUAAAUUCAAAAUCCCAUCGUGUUUCAGUUCUUUCUCUCUUUCUUGGAUACAACUAGAACAACAGAAAAAGAAAAGAACAUUAAAAGAAUUAUAGAGAUCUAUAGAGUUACAAUUUAAAGGAAGAAGAAAGAGUAGAUACAAAUCGAUCCCUCCAAAACAUGGUAAGUUUUCAAAUGAAGUUAAAAUCAUGUUUGAGUCUCGAUUGAUACAUGCUUUUAAUUUGAAUUUUAGUUGUUUUUGUAGAUGUAUUGGUGUUAGAAAAAAGCGUUGCCCUAAGAUUAUUUUACAUGGGUCUUGAUCUUUUUAUGUUCUUUAACAUCUCAUUUUCUACAUUCACAACAAGGUAAGUUUCGGAUAUAUGAGUUAUACCGGUAGGUAUAUAGUGAUUUUCUCUUUCCCCAUUUUCUCAAAUAAAAAUAUGAUGACGACCGAUGCUCUUUCUUCCUGUAUAUGCAGGCUGUUGAAACAUUUCUUCAUUCCACCGAUGGUAAUUCAUCUUCUAGAGGUAUUUUUAAUGGGUCUAUUUUUCUAUAAGUGUAAAGAUUAUUGGAUUUUUUGCAUUUAAAUGUUUUAGAAUUUUCAGUUAUCAGAAAAUCCCAAUUUGCAUCCAAACCCAGUAAUUGGUUUUCUCACCGAAUACCCACUUUCCUAAUUGCAGCUUCAUUUUUUUUUUCUUUGCCAAAAAUUGGUUGUGACGGCCAAGAUCGUUUUGCGGCAGCAGUAUACUGCCGUUAACAUAAAUUAGGGUUUUGUAACUCGCGCGGCCAACCCACUUUGGGAUAUCGUCUAGUGGCUCCGCUUACGAGUUGGAAGGACUCUGAUUGGCCGAAGCAUUAGUGGGCCCACUGGUGUGCAUGAUGGUGCUUGUCCGACCAUGUUAGGAGGUGGAUAGACUUGAUAAAUCAAUCGGCCAAAACGUACGGCCGUGAUCGUUUUAAGACUAACAUGGGCAGCCUGUAUUAGAUUCCUUAAGGAAUUAGGUGUGUCGACCAAGCAACUUCCAACUUUAUUUAAAAGUGUGUCUGGCGCUUUAGGAGUGAUCUGAUUGGUCGGUAGGAAAGAAGAGCCAAUGGCCAACAAAAUAUGAGAAGGAGCCGCGACAAGGGGAGUUCGAGUUGGGGAAAGUUGACCGGCCAAGGGGCGGGGCCGAUCUCUUUCCGCCACAGCCCUAGUCAGUCACGGUUCCCUCUUUUUCUUAUUUCCAAUUUUUGGUAGGAUUUGCUCCUAUUAGUUCCAUGUUGGAUCAAUUUCCUAGCGUUCCUAGGAUUAGUUUCGACCAAUAGGGUUCGAAAUAUCGCGCAGGGCGCAAAAAACCUAAUUUUUGCAAACAGGUAAAAUUAGGUUAGAAAAUUGAAUUCCGUUAGCUGACACAAAAUUAAACAAUUUUCGAUAAAUUAUUUGUCCGUUGGCACAAGAAACCUCUUUAUCAGAGAGUGGUGCAACUUGCGUUUCUUGAGUAUAUUCAUGCAGAUCUUAAUACUGAACUUUCACCCUCCUGGUUGGAUUGCCGCACUGAGUUGUCUAAUCCCAGCUCAGCAUUCAAGACAUCAAAUUUAUUUGGCGAAAUAACUACAGUGGUUUCAUUUAAAGCAUUGUAGAUUGGGUACACGAAGAGAUGGACUGUAAUGCACUUAUGUUGUUUGUAGAAAUGCUACUUGAGAAUCAUCAUUUUUAGUUAAACUUUGAUCUUUACAUCGUUUUGCGGGGUAUGUGGAGUUAGGACCUGAACACGGAGGUAAGUUAUACGGAUUGAUUUAACCUUCUCUACUGUAAAAUGUUGAACAUAUACAUGGGUUCUAAGAGCAUAUGUAUGAAAUUCAACAUGCCUAAUAUGCUAAUUUUUGUAUUUGACAAAUGUCUAUCUAUGAAAUUCUAAGCAUCACUCUCUAGGAUAAUAACAGCUUAUGUAAUCAACUACUCCAAGUUCUUAAAUUCUACUUUACUACAAUUAGACUGUUUUUCAAUUUUUUACAUUGUUUUCCUUCAUAGGAAAGGUCAAGGGUACUUUUCCGCUUUGCGGAUUUGAUCGAUAAACAUACCGAUGAACUUGCAGCACUUGAGACGUGGGACAGUGGAAAGCCCCAUGAAGUUCUCACGUCUAUUUAGAUAUUAUCCGGGCGAGUUAAAUUUAAUUUUACUUAUGUCAACUGUAAUCACUUUUUAGAUUGACUUGAAUGUUUUAAGAUUUUGUUUUGCUUGAAACGUACCAGGAUGGAAAGAUAAGAUUCAUGGUCUCACAGUUCAGGCUGAUGGUCUGUACCAUGUGCAAACCCUACAUGAGCCCAUUGGAGUUGCUAGACAAAUUAUUCCGUGGAAUUUUCCACUUCUCAUGUUUGCGUGGAAGGUCGGACCCGCUUUAGCUACUGGUAACUGUUGUGUCCUAAAGACAGCAGAACAAACGCCGUUGUCUGCUCUCUAUGCGGGGAAGCUGCUCCAUGAAUUGGGUUCUGUUAAUUCAUUGGCAACGGUUUAGUCCUCAUUUCUGAAUGCAUGCUUUAGGUUUCUUAGUUCUGUGUUGUUCAUUGCAGGCCGGCCUUCCUGAGGGUGUUCUGAAUGUGAUUUCUGGAUUUGGUCCUACGGCUGGUGCAGCACUUGCCAGUCAUAUGGAUGUAGACAAGCUUGCCUUCACAGGAUCAACUGUAACCGGCAAGAUUGUUACUGAACUUGCUGGUAGAAGCAACCUUAAGCCAGUUACUCUGGAGCUUGGAGGGAAAUCCCCAUUCAUUGUAUGUGAAGAUGCCGACAUUGACAAGGCUGUUGAAACCGCCCACUUUGCUCUGUUCUUUAACCAGGGACAAUGCUGCAAUGCCGUGUCUCGUACUUUUGUACAUGAAAAAGUGUAUGACGAGUUCAUAGAGAAAUCAAAGGCUCGUGCUAUGAAACGUGUUGUUGGUGAUCCCUUCCAGAGGGGUGUCGAACAAGGUCCUCAGAUUGAUUUAGAGCAAUUUGAGAAGGUUAUGAAUUACAUCAAAUCUGGCGUUGAAAGUGGUGCUACCAUUGAAACUGGCGGUGCGAGAUUUAGCGAUAAGGGCUUCUAUAUUCAGCCUACUGUCUUCUCAAAUGUUCAGAAGAAGUCUGAACCAAGAGAGGAAACUAGACUACUGUUUUUUGGGUACAAUAUAGAUGUGUUCGCCAUUGGUAACUUGGAGUUAGAUAACUGAAGUGGCUCUUCUGUGCAGGUAGAUGGGAGCAUUCUUUUACUGAAAAACAAUCCGUAUGAUUAAGUCAUGGAGGUAAUUUAUCCUAAAUUUUGUUUUAGUCCUCAAGAUUAUUAGGUUAGCAAAUUAUUCACCAGUUGCGAUAACUAGGUGUGCCUCCAUAGGAAAGUUGGGAUUUCAUUUCAGCAUGCCUUUGGCUAAUAUUUUUUUUUUACAUCGUACAAGCUGGCAACUAACAAAUCAAAUUUUAAUCUAUUGCGUCAUAUAUUAUAGAUAUCUCAUUGAGUGGGUGGAAUUUCCCAUUCACAAACUCCUGGUAAGUUCAUUUGAUUAUGCUUGGAGCCUAUUUUUGCUGAAAUUUGUUGAUAUUAACCUUUGGAUUUCACUUUCUUGCGACGUAUUACACUUAAUGAUCUUUUUGCUGCCGGAUUAUGCCGUUGACGAUCUUUCUCUGGUUGGGAUUUAAUGGUUGGAGGUUGGGACUUGAGAUUAUAGUGCUGAAUCCUUACCAAGUCUUCAAGGAAGCUACACUGCUGCUGUCAGAAGCCGAUGGUUAGCAGCCAUCAUAAGAACCAGUUUAUAAAAUCAAAACAACAAGAUAUGGCACAUACGAAAAGAAAUCACUAUAAUUCUAUGAUGUUGAGGAGGAAUGCGGGAAACUUGGUCCAGUGGAGCUAGUUAAGGUAUGCGAGAGCCAUCCUCAGGGAGUUGCUGGUGAGAUUUAAAGAUACUAAUUACUAAGGAUGCUUACAAGUGUAUAUAGAGCUAAUGAAUGGAAGAUGGUAAGUACUGCAGCACUUUUGCGUACAAAAUUCUUUUUAUCAUUAUAGUUGUUAGAGUUCGACAGUAAACUAAGUUAGUCUUAUUGAAAUCAAGAGUAACUCAUGUAUACCAUGUGCAGAU